AUGGUCUCGCUUGUCUCGAACCUCCAGCAGCAACGCGGCAUCACAAAUCCUGAUUCGCGCCCUAACGGCACUUCUCCUCUGUCACCUAAUCGUGCUGCUCCGCGUGCCAACCAUCCCCCUCGACGCGCUCCGGUCAUUAAUCCCAACCCCAGGAGCGUGUCUGGCAUGCCGGACCCCAUGGCGGCGGCUCCAACUAAGGGUUUUGCUUGGGCGUUUCCCGCAGAUGAUUACGACCACGAAGAGAAGAGGACGUCUAGCAGCGGCGAGUCUAGCGUAGACCGAUCCAACGCCCCUUCGCGUCAAGGCAGCUUCGCGACGUCGGUCAACAGCAGCAUCUUCACCACAGACUCCAAGCUACCACCCGGUCAACAACGACUGAAUGAUGGCACGCCUCCCUACUCUCAUCCUUCAUCAGACGUACUGACUAGUUCAGACAUCCCUAGCACUCAUCAUCACUCCAUGCAACAUCGCAGCGUGACUAGCCUGCAGAAUGUUGAUCCCACCAACCCGCUUGCGCCUGGGAGUGGAAGUUAUAGCAGGACCCCUGAGCUUCGCGUCAGCCACAAGAUGGCAGAGAGGAAGCGUCGUAGUGAGAUGAAGAACCUGUUCGACGAUCUCAAUGGCAUCCUUCCCAACAGCCCAGGCAGCAAGUCAUCCAAGUGGGAGAUUCUCACCAAGGCUAUUGAAUACGUCACCAGCCUGACCCGCGCACAUCAAAGCGCUCGCGAAGAGAUCAGCCGCUUGCGACCUGAUGCAGAAUACUGUCGUCGGGCCCAGGAGGAGAACGAGCUCCUCCGAGCAGAAUUGAACGCCGUGUGGAACGCUCUCCGUCGCGUCGAUCCAUCCAACUCUCAUGUCUACGGAAGUAUGACAGGCCAGUUCGCACAAGGACAACCCGCAACUCCUGCGUCCGGGACCAACGUCCUUCCACCGUUACAGCAACAGCAGCAGCAGCAGCAACAGCAACAGCAAGGGCUCUCGCAACAGCCACCACCAUCGCAGGCUCAGUGGGGACCACCGCCGCAUGGAGGCUCUAUGCAGGGACCGAUGCAAGGUGUCGAGUUUGGCGGUAUGCGGCCCUACGAGCACCCUCACCGUUGA